GUCAUGCAGCAGGCUGCCGUUUGGUGCUGAUGUUGCUGAGCUGCAGAUCUUCGGUGGGAACAGAGUGAACAGAGACGAGCAUCACUGCAGGGAACAGACCUGUCUACCUCACCACAGUGUCUUUACUAGGAAACCUCAGCGACAGCAGCACGAUGACUCUGACAGCAUACAGAGAGAAGAUGCGAGAGCUCCCCCUGGUGUCUCUCUUCUGCUCCUGCAUCCUUCCUCAGCCCAAAGAAGCCACAGUCGACAAGGAAGCAGGCGUGGUGGACCUAAACCUGUGCAACAUCCGCGACAUGGAGGUGAUCGAGCUGAGCAAACGGGCAAGCGGCCAGGCCUUCGAAGUUAUCCUGAAGCCGCCCACGUUUGACGGCGGCCCGGAGGUCAGAGCCACAACGCCGCCGCGACAGAAGCCUUCGUUGGAAGAGAUCCAGAAGAAACUGGACGCUGCACAGGAGAGAAGGAAGUGUCAGGAAGCAGAGCUGCUGAAACACCUGGCCGAGAGGAGGGAGCACGAGCGGGAAGUCGCUCAGAAAGCUCUGACCAAAGAGCGCCAGGAGCACCGCGCUGACGCUGACAAGCAACAGUGGGAGAUGCACCUGAACGCCUCACAGGGAUUGCUACAGGAGGAGGACAAGCACAGUGUGGAGGUGUCUUGAUGGCCUGAUCACAACACAAGCUGAACUUUCUUUGGAAGCCAUUUUUGGAAGGUGGAGGACCUGAAGAUUAAUACGCCGGCAGCUCGACGCUGCUCCGAAAAAUGUGAGACAAGAAGAAGAAGUAGUAGAAACUGAGAGGUGGAUUUGGGACGAAACAUCCAAACUCUCGACAUUCGCCGGAUCGUCCACGUCUCCUUCCAACAAGAUAAACUUGUGAAACUUUAUGAACUGACGCUGCAGAUUCAGUCAUCACUUGAUAGUUUGCAGGGGGGUUUUCUGUGCUUUGUUGCCAUGCCAACAGUGCCAAUGUGUUCACGUGAAUGAUUGAGCAUCAAAGAUUCCAUUGUCUUCAUGAGUUCCUGUAAAGUUAUAUCCAACCAACCAACCAACCGACCGACACACCCACCUGACAGAAACCUGGACUCAAACCCGAAUGACUCACAGGAACGUUUAAUUUAACAGUGCAGAGCUCACUCAUGUGUGGAGUCUCUGCUCCCUGGAUGACCAGCUAAUUGGAGUGAAACAACCCCAUCUGCUGGACACUUUAAAUCAUGAAAGCUGUGUGAAACGUGGUGUCGCUGAAGUGUCCUUUUUUAGGAGUCUGUAGGAGAAGUAAAACAAAAGGAAUCAGGACUUCAGACAGAAAUACUCAAACACCCCUGAGACAUGUAGGUCAAGACUAAGAUGAGUCAAAAUCCACACAAGGCUGGAAAAGAUCUGCCAGUCGGAGAAGAAGCCGAGGCAGAGCAUCACAAAAACCCAGAGACAAGCCUGAGUCAAUGCAAUGACAAGAUUAAGAUGAGUCAUAUUCAAAACACAAGUGGUAAAUAUUUCUUUUUAAAGAAAAGAGGAUGCUGAGACAGUUUCAGAGAACAGAAAUUUGAGCCUUAAAACCCACAAAUCGCCUAAAUGAACGAAAGUUGAGACAAGUUCAACUUUGAGAUCAGACUAUACCAGCCAUGGCCCCCACGUUUCUAUUUUUCUGAUUUCUUAUUUGGAUUUGUCUCAUAUAUUAAAGGUCCAGUGUGUAAAUUUAGUGACGUCUAACACUGCAGAUUGUCUCUUACCCAAGCCCGUCCCAGGAUUAUGUCCUUCACAUACUAGAAAGGACGUUAUCUUUGUUUAUGUAGUAAGCUUUCGCUUCAAACUGCGAAAAAAAAACGCUCUCUGGCUAGUAAUCUUUUUAUUUUAAAGCACUUAUACACUUAAACAAACAUACUUAUCGCUAUUGUAUUCAAUUUCUGCCAAUGAACCCCUUCAAAUGUUUACACACUUGACCUUUAAGAUGAAAAACAACAACAUACAGAAACCUGUUGCUUACCUGUCUAAUAAUCACAAUAUCAACCCGUAGCCGAUGUAUGGAUGAUUUUCAUUGACCAAUAACUGAUAAUCGCUUGUGUGCAUUGUUUACAGUGUGUGUGUGUGUGUGUGUCCCUGGCAACAUCAGUGUAAAGGAGUCAGUGCGUGAUGAUGAUAAUGAUGACGACGAUGAUAUUGACGAUGUACAGAAAUCACAUUAUAUUUUAAAUCCAAGAAUAAAACAAUGUCACUUUA